CCGGGCGUGUGUUGACACUAAUUACAGGCCUGGCCCAUGAGCAAACCCCGUCCAGUUUAACCACUCGUUUCCCACUGGAAUCUAAUCACUGCUUAAUGAGAUGCAGCAGACACACAGCGAGCUGCCUUUAUAGUUAUAUGACAGCUUAGUAAUAAAAAUACGUAAGACGUGGAUUGAUAAGGAGUUAUCUGUACACAACCAUGUUUGAGGAGCAGUAGAGACGCACACGAUGGAUAAAUUCUCCCCCGACAGCAGGAAUCACAAUUGCUGCUGCUGAUAAUUAUGAGGAAAUGCUUUUGUUCUGUGUUUCUGGUGGAAAGCAGACUACAUUCCAGGCAGGUAUGAGGCUCCUCCCCCAUCAUGCAGCAUAUAGAAAGAAAGAUGAACCUCUGGCGAGUCCCAGGUAAACUUUGUUGAAGUUCCAACCAGAUAGCUCACCUAACUCACCUAAGACCAAUCGGAGAGUUUCUGUGGAAGAGUGAAACGCGGACGGAGAGAUUCGGCUUCAACGACCAGCUGAGAAUCGACUUUCGAGCCAAUGGCUUCCAGGUCCGGGGAGGAUCUCUCCUGUUCCGUCUGCCAGGACAUCUUCAAGGAUCCCGUGGUUCUGUCGUGUAGCCACAGCUUCUGUAGGGACUGUCUGAAGAGAUGGUGGGCAGAGAAACUCACUCAGGACUGUCCAGUGUGUAACAGAAGAUCCUCGAGGAGUGAUCCACCUGCUAGUUUGGUGAUUAAGAACCUGUGUGAGUCCUUCAUUCUGGAGAGAGAUCAGAGAGGUCCAGAGAAGGUCUGCAGUCUGCACUCUGAGAAACUCAAACUCUUCUGUCUGGACCAUCUGCAGCCAGUGUGUGUCGUCUGCAGAGAUUCAAAAACACACAACAACCACAGGUUCCAACCCAUCAAUGAGGCUGCUGAGGAUCUCAAAAAGGAGAUCCAGAAAUACCUGAAGCCCUUCAAGAAAAAACUGAAGCUCUUUGUAAAAGUUAAAGGAAACUGUGAUCAAACAGCAGCACACAUGAAGGUCCAGGCCCGACACACAGAGGUGAAGAUUAAGGACCAGUUCAAGAAGCUUCACCGCUUUCUAGAGGAGGAAGAGGAGGCCAGGCUCUCUGCUCUGAGGGAGGAAGAGAAGCAGAAGAGUCAGAUGAUGGAGGAGAAGAUGGAGCCUCUGAGCAGAGAGAUAGCAGCUCUUUCAGACACAGUCAGAGCCACAGAGGAGCAGCUGAGAGCUGAAGACAUCUCCUUCCUGAACCACUACAAGGCUGCAGUGGAAAGAGUCCGGCAGCCCCCCCUGCUGGAGGACCACCAGCUGCUCUCAGGAGCUCUGAUAGACCAGGCCAAACACCUGGGCAACCUGACCUACAACAUCUGGGACAAGAUGAAGGAGAUGGUCUCCUACAGUCCUGUGGUUCUAGACCCAAACACUGCUCAUCCAGAACUCGUUCUGUCAGAAGAUCUGACCAGUGUGAGUCGAGGAGAGAGACAGAAGCUCCCCGAUAAUCCAGAGAGGUUUAACUCCUUCAUCGCUGUCUUGGGCUCUGAGGGCUUUAACUCUGGGAUUUACAGCUGGGACGUGGAAGUUGGAGACAAUGCAUGCUGGUUUGUGGGGGUGGCAGAAGAGUCUGUUGAGAGGAAAGGGAGUGUGUGGUCAGGAAUGUGGAGGAUUGGGUUCUCUAUGGGGAGUUAUAAAGCCCUCUACCCAUCAGCCCAGCCUAUCAACCUCUCACUGAGGGAGAAGCUCCAGAGGAUCAGAGUCCACCUGGACUGGGCAAAAGGUCUGUUCUUCUAUGAUGCUGCCACUAAGAAACACAUCUUCACCUUCUCACACAAGUUCACCCAGAAGCUGUUUCCGUACAUCAGCAGCAGCAAUAAACUCCCCAUUAAGAUUUUACCCCAGCUGGUCAGUGACGAUUGCUGGGACAGCGUUCCACGUCCUGAAGGGAAGUAACCUGUGCAUGAAUGAGUGCAAUCCUCUUGAUUUACACUUUAAAUAAUUCAUCAAAUGGGAGAGUUUGGUGGGAGGAGGUGUUGAUUUUCGGCGUGAUCCUGGUGAUGAUGUCACUUCUGCGUUUACUCUAAUUUUAGGUCUCACUGUGUUCUUCUCUGCAUUCAAGUGAUAUAAAACAUUGUUUGUACCCUAAUGGUAUAUGAAUUACACAUGAUUAAACAAACUGGAGUUUCCUCUCCGGAUUAAAGGAA